AUGGCCACCCGCAGAGCUCCCGCCGAACCGUUGCUGGUCGUCCUCGGGUCGACGGGGACGGGCAAGUCAGAGCUAGCCGUCGAACUGGCCACUCGGUUUCGAGGCGAAAUCAUAAACUCGGAUGCCAUGCAGCUCUACAAUGGCCUGCCCGUCAUCACCAACAAAAUAUCCCUACCGGAGCAGCGCGGCAUCCCGCACCAUCUGCUCGGCCACAUCUCCCUCGCCGAGCCGCCCUGGGACGUUGAGGAUUUCAAGCGGGAGACGACCAAGGUCAUGGCCGAGAUCCGCGCGCGCGGCAACCUGCCCAUCCUCGUCGGCGGAACCCAUUACUAUGUCGACUCGCUGCUCUUCACCGACGUCAUCCUCGACGACAUUGCGCUUGACCGCAAAGAGUCCUUUGCUAUCCUCGACGAGCCCACAGAUGUCCUGCUCGAGGAGCUGAGGCGAUGCGACCCCGUCAUGGCUAACCGUUGGCACCCCAACGACAGGCGCAAGAUCCUCCGCUCCCUCGAGAUCUACCUGCACACCGGGAAGCCCGCUUCGCAACUCUACGCAGAGCAGCAGGAUCGCAAGGCUGCGGCCGUCGCCGCCCAGCCCUGGGAAAAGCUCCUGUUCUGGGUGUACACAGACCGCGAGAUUCUGUGCGAGCGGCUGAACCAGCGCCUAGACAAGAUGCUUCGCGCCGGUCUUCUGGACGAGGUCAAAGAGCUGUUCCGUCUCAAGCGUGACAAGGCAGCCAAAGGAGAGCUCGUGGAUAUGUCCAAGGGUAUCUGGCAGUCCAUCGGCUACCGGCAGUUUGAGCCGUACCUCGAAGCUCUCGACGAGGGAAAGGACGCGGCCGCCCUCGAGCAGCUCAAGGCGGACGCCCUCGAGGACGUCAAGACCGCCACGCGGCGCUACGCGAACUACCAGACACGGUGGACCCGGCUCAAGCAGAUGCGCCGCCUCCGGGAGCACGGCCCGGAAGCACUGCAAAGCCUCUACCUGCUCGACAGCACCGACGUGUCUCGCUUCGAGCCCGCCGUCGUCGAGCCCGCCGCAAGGCUUACCGAGCAGUUUCUGCACGGCGAGUCUCUUCCGCCGGCCACGGAGCUGUCGCUGCGCGCGGCCGAGGUCCUCACCAGCCUCGGCGACCCCCCGUCCGCAGAGACGCCGCACAGGCGGGCCUGCGAUGUCUGCCAGACGGUGGUGUUGACGGAGCAGGCGUGGGCGAGGCACGUCAAGGGCGCGGCCCAUCGGAGGGCGAUCAAGAAGAGGAAGAAGCUGGCGCUCGUGCCGUACGAGCCCCCCGGAGGACCGGCCGAGGCAGGUAGCUCGUCGCCGCCGUCGAGCCCCAACAUAGCGUCUUUAUUUUGA